AUGCGAAUACAUUUUCAGGGACUGACCGUAGGCCUCUGGCUUCUAAACAUCUUUCAAACACAGAAGAUUGAUGCUUUUAACCUGGACACUCAACAUGUUCUCAGGAAAGAUGGAGAGCCAAACAGUCUGUUUGGAUUUUCCCUUGCCAUGCACCAUCAGCUCCAGCCCACUGAUGAACGAGUGUUAUUGAUUGGUGCCCCUCGGGCAAAAGCCCUGGCCAAUCAGAAAGCUAAUGUAACUGGGGGUCUUUACCGCUGUAAAUUCACUGCCAAGCCUGGGGAUUGUGAACGCAUCCAAGUUGACAAUAAAGCUUCACAGGAUUUGAAUGGGGUGGAUCACAAAGAGAACCAGUGGUUGGGUGUCAGAGUCAGGAGUCAGGGCACAGGUGGUAAAGUGUUGGUCUGUGCACACCGUUAUCAGAAGUGGAGAAAUGAAAAUCGUGCAGUACUGGGGCAAUGCCUCAUACUAGAGCAGGACCUCAAAGAAGUGCCAGAUGGCUACUCUGAGAGAUCAUUUUGUCAGGGUCGGCCUAUGGGCAAACAUCUGUUUGGCUUUUGCCAGCAGGGCAUCGCUGCUGACUUCACAAAGGAUGGGAAUUAUCUUCUUUUUGGUGCUGCUGGAGCCUAUGAAUGGAAAGGUACUGUGAAUAUGGAGCCUGUCGAUGACUUUGAACUGGACACCUUUGAAACUGGAGGUGAAAGUAAUGGAGAUCUCAUUCCAGUCCACAUCAGCAGCUACUUAGGCUUCUCUCUAGACCAGGGAUGGAACCUCAUAAAAAAAGGAGAGCUGAUCAUUGUGGCUGGAGCACCACGUGGCAGCUACAGUGGAGAAGUGCUAAUGCUUCAGAGAGAUAAACGGGAAGGUCAAAGUAUCUUAACCCAAGUGCACACCUUCCGUGGACCAGGCCUGGCAUCUUCUUUUGGCUAUGAUCUCGCCGUUCUUGACCUAAAUGCAGACGGGUGGGAUGAUCUCAUUGUGGGUGCACCAGAGUUUUCACUGACAGAUGUGGAGAAAGGAGUAGGAGGGGCUGUGUAUGUCUACAUAAAUCAUGCUCAUAGUCCAAACUGGGACCAGAUCAAACCAGUCUCUCUCUACGGGAAAACAGAGUCCAUGUUUGGAAUUGCUGUGGAGCCCAUAGGGGAUCUUAAUCAAGAUGGUUACCAAGAUUUUGCAGUGGGAGCUCCUUAUGAAGGAGAUGGAAAGGUUUACCUCUAUUAUGGCUCCUCUGAUGGCUUCCAUCAUGAACCAAAACAGGUUUUGAAAGGUGAAAGCCACAACAUCAGGUUGUUUGGAUAUUCUCUCACCGGGAAUAUGGAUAUUGAUGGAAAUGGAUACCCAGAUAUAGUUGUUGGGUCACUCUUAGAUGCUGUGUUUGUUCAUAGGGCAAGACCAGUAAUAAACAUCAAGAGGACCAUAAAAGUUGUCCCAACUCAAAUUGACUUUACCAAGCAAAACUGCAAGGGACAAUCCUGCAUCAUCACCACUGAAUCCUGCUUCUCUUAUUUGUCUCAAGGACUUACUCAAGAUCAUAGACUGACUUUUCAGUACAAACUGGAGGCUGAUGUGUUGCAUGCACAGUUGGAUCUGCCACCAAGGGUUGUCUUUGAGAGCUCUUCUCAAGGAUCCUAUGAGCUCUCCGGCCAAGGCAUUGAGAAAUGUGUCCAGACCAGACUCAGGCUUAAGGAAGGCAUCCAGGACAAGCUCAGGAAUAUAUCCAUCGCGAUAUCUGUAUCCCUUCCUCCUGAAAGACAGAGGUCAACACUGAGAAGUUCCCUGCCUGAGCUCCAACCUGUCCUUGAUGCUCUACAACCUGAGAAGACUGUGGCUGAGGUUAUGUUCAUGAACACUGGUUGUGGGAGAGAUGAUAUCUGUCAAAGUAAUUUGCAACUCCAGUACAGUUUCUGCAGCAUGAAACAACACCAAGACAAGUGCAUUCCCCUAUCUAGUCAAAAUGGUCAAGCGGUGAUCUCACCAGGUACUGAAAACAUUGCCUUAGAGAUAACUGUAACAAACAAGGGGGGAGACAAUGCCCAUCAGAGUCGACUGCUGGCAAAGUUUGAGGAAUCUCUGCCCUUAACAUCUGUCCAUGUCAGGGAGAACUCUGGUGGAGAGGUCCAGUGCGAAGCUCUUGCAAGUAAAACUCGUGCAAACUGCCAACUUGGAAACCCCUUCAAAAGAGACUCACAGGUCACUUUGUACCUAAUGCUGAGUACUGAGAAGCUCUCCAUUAGCGACACAAAUGCCAGUGUGGCCCUAGAACUUGAAACGACAAGCAAUCAAAAUUUGUCAUCGGUUGUUGCUAUGGCUAAAGUUGUCUUUGAAAUGGAUUUGCAGGUCUAUGGUCUGGCCAAACCCUCCCAAGUGUUCCUUGAGGGGAAAGUGAAGGGUGAGAAUAUGAUCAAAACUGAGGAGGAGAUUGGACCAUUAGUCCAAUAUGAAUUUAGGAUCAGUAAUGUGGGUUCGCCUCUGAAGUCUUUCACCUCUGCAAUGCUAAAUAUCCACUGGCCAAAGGAGGACAAGCAGGGAAAACAGGCCCUCUACCUGAUGCAGAUCACUGGGAGGGAUCAGAAGGAGAUUUCAUGCUCUCCUGCAGAGGAAAUCAGGCCACUCAAACAUAUUAAGUCAUCACAUGGAUCGUCCAGACAAAGGCGUCAAGUAGAACAGGAAUCAAAUCUUGAAGCUCUAAGCACUGAGAACGGAUUUCUCUCAUUUCUUGGAACUAAGAGGAAGUACAAAACUUUGACCUGUGCAGAUGACCUGAAAUGUGUGGAGAUAAGAUGCCCUCUUGAGGGUGUUGACAAUACUGCGGUCAUUGUCCUGCGAUCCCGCCUAUGGAACAGCACAUUCCUCGAGGAGUACAGCUCUCUGAAUUACCUGGAUGUAGUAGUUAAUGCUUCCUUGAGUGUUGAUGGAUCUCAGAAGAACAUUGGACUCCCCACAAAUCAAGCUCAGGUUAGGCUAACAGUCUUUCCAGAGAAGAAGCCAGCUCUGUUGACUCGGGUUCCAUGGUGGCUUAUUCUGCUCAGUGUAGUGACAGCACUCUUUUUACUUGGUCUACUGAUCUACCUGCUGCUGAAGCUUCCACACUUCAGAGACUCAGUAUGCACCAAAGAAAAGAAGAGUUAUGAUAUCAACAACAGAUAUGAAGAAAAUCACCUUUUGACAUGA